GGCAUAUGAUUGUGUAAGGUGCUCAAGAAACUCCCAACAGACCUCUUACUAUAUUUAGCAGUGGAAAACUGUCAAAGCACUAGUAGCCAUGAGCAACUGAAAAUAUGAUAAUUAUAUAAGCUUUUCUUCAAUUGUUCUUCUGUUUGGCAAGGUUAAUUAUUGUGGGUAGUCCAAGAUUUGGGUCGUGUUAUUAAUGGCUCUUCAACUUUUCAUCAUCUUCGCGCUUAGUUUGCUUCUCGGCAUUGCUUCUGCCAUUGAUGUUUUUAGAGGAAUGGAGUUCGGCUAUUCAGGCCACAAUGGUCCAGACAAGUGGGGAAAAUUGAAUCCAACAUUCUCACCAUGUUCCACAGGGAAAAGACAGUCUCCCAUAAACAUUCAGAGGAAUCUGACGGUCCACAACAAACUACUGAAACCUUUAACCAGGAACUACGAAUCUGCAAAUGCUACGCUCGUUAACAGAGGCUACAGCGUUGGAGUUAGUUUCAAAGUGCGUUUUGAGGAAUCUCCUGGAGAUUUAUGGAUUAAUGACAAAAACUAUACCCUCCAGCAAUUCCACUGGCAUUUACCUGCUGAGCAUCACAUUGAAGGACAAAGAUUUGCAGCUGAGCUUCAUAUGGUCCAUCGGGCAGCAGAUAACAGUGCUGUAGUUGUAUCUAUGCUCUACCAUGAAAGCAAAGCCGAUCCACUUUUCUCUAUGAUUAUGGAAGGAUUGAAACAUUUGGGAAAGGAAAAUACAGAAGUUCCUCUUGGUACCUUGAAUAUAAAUGAAUUGAACCGAAGACCCCGCAAGUAUUACACAUAUGUUGGUUCUCUCACCACUCCUCCAUGCACCGAGAAUGUCAUAUGGAUCAUUCUUGGAAAGGUGAUGUCGAUUUCGAAAGAGCAAAUAACUACUCUUGACAGUCCGUUGAAUUCACAUUGCAAGAAAAACGCAAGGCCUUGUCAACCAUUGAAUGGUCGAGAGGUUGAUAUGUAUGAUGAGCUUAAUUAAUAAAGCUUAAUUAAUAAUCUUCUUCACUCAAAUUGGGUGCAAUACAAGGUGGGGGAAAACUAUUGUUGUACUUCAUUAGAACCGUAAAUGAACCGAAUUUGCAUGUUUA